AUGUCGGAGCGUUACAUUGCCGUUGGUUUCUACCAAGGACCCGCUGCUUUCUCCCAGCACCUGCCAGGGCGCAAGGCUGAUCCCGCUUCACCAUUUAACAUGUUCGCAAGACUCUGGUGGAUCCCCCUGGGACUCCUCCCACCAGCCUGCACUGAAUUUAAUGUAGGCCUGGUGGGACCCUGGUCUUGCGACCCAUUCCUGUCCAAGGCAUUUCCACAAGUUGCCCUGAAGUUGGCCCUGGGGCGCAUCAAGAAGGACCCCACCGUGAAUCAAGCCCACGAACUGAAGUACACAUUGUGUGAGGAAGGCUGCCAGACCUGCCAAGCCAUUGAGCGCUUCAUCGGCUACGAGAAACGACUGUCGGCUUUCAUAGGACCACUGAACCCCGGCUACUGCGACACGGCCUCCUUGCUGGGCAAGAGCUGGGGGAAAGCCGUCUUCUCCUGGGCAUGCAUCAGCGAUGACCUGGACAACCCAAGAUACCACCCCACCUUUGCCAGAACGUUGCCCUCCCCAGCCAGCGUUCUUCUGGCUGUGCUGAGACACUUCAGCUGGGCCCAUGUUGGCAUCAUCUGCUCCCAAGAGGACCUCUGGGUAGACACGGCCAACAAACUAGCGACGGCUCUGAGAAGCCGGGGCCUCCCUGUCGGUGUCGUGACGUCAACAGGGAAAGGCGACGAGAGCGCGGAAAGGGCUUGGGCCAAGAUCCAAGCUGCGGGGAACAUCAAAGUUGUCAUUCUGUGCAUGCAUUCUGCUCUCCUCGGAGGAGAGGACCAGGGCACCCUGCUGACAAAAGCUCAGGAACUGGGGCUGGCGGAUGGGCGAUACGUCUUUGUACCGUAUGACUCUCUGCUCUACAGUCUUCCCUACCAUAACCAUUCAUACUUCAUUCUCGAAAACGAUCGCAUGUUCCGAGCGGCUUAUGAUGCCGUGUUGACAGUCACCCUGCAGUCUGGGGAGAGAAGCUUUUAUGAGGCUUUUGAGGCAGCAAAACAGAGGGGUGAAAUAAUGAUGAAUUUGGAACCGGAGCAGGUCACUCCGCUCUUCGGCACCAUUUAUGAUGCAGUUUACCUUGUCGCAAAAGCUUUUGCCAAGGUCGGUCAGCAUGGGGUGUCCUCGCUCUCUGGGACCACCUUGACCCAGCAUGUCAAGAACCUCAAUUUUGCGGGAUUCAGCCGCAGGAUCCAGACCAACAGCGAAGGACAACCGCUGGCCAAGUACGUCAUUCUGGACACAGAAGGGGAGGGGAGCCAGCUCUUUCCCACCCAUUUGCUGGUCGCCUCUUCUGGCCUGAUUCAGUCCCUGGGAAAAGCUGUGCACUUUCCGAGAAGAGGGCCACCCGCGGCUGAUUCCAGCUGUUGGUUUGAUCCAGAUGUUCUCUGCAUUCCAGGCCCAGCGCCACCCAUUCUGAUCAUGGUCCUGCUGCCUCCGCUCUCCCUGCUGCUCUUUGGCACGUGCGUUGCGUAUGCCAUCAGGCACAACAACCUCUAUCAGCAAGUUGUCAAAGGCUCCAAGAAGUUGCUGCUGACUCUGGAUGACCUGACGUUUGUCCACACCAAACUCAGCAGGAUGCGGUCAACUCUGGACAACUUCAGUGAUUCCAAGAGCAACUCAGAAGGCCGGAGUGUGAGAUCCGCAGCCCCUUCCCUGUCUGUGAAAAGCGCACCCGUGACCUACGAGACCUCCAGUGUGGCUCUGUAUGAGGGAGACUGGGUAUGGUUGAAGAAGUUGGAGUCCGGAGCAAUGAAUGAACUGAGACAGCAUACUACCAGCUUGCUAAGAAAGAUGAAGGACAUACGCCAUGAAAAUGUGACCCAGUUCUUGGGCCUGCUGUCGGAUGGGGGCCACUCUGCCAUGGUGAUGGAGUACUGCUCCAGGGGGAGCUUGGAGGAUUUGCUGCAAAACACAGAUAUUAAGCUGGACUGGCUGUUCAAGUCAUCUCUUCUGAUGGAUGCAAUUAAAGGAAUGAAAUACCUGCACCAUCAGGAAGUUUGCCACGGGCGCCUCAAGUCCCGCAACUGCUUGGUGGACGGGCGGUUCGUGCUGAAGAUCACCGACUACGGCUAUGGGGAACUGCUAGCGGCUCAGCAAGCCUUUCGUAUUCAGCCACCGGCAGAAGAAUUACUCUGGACAGCUCCAGAGUUACUGAGGGAUCCAGCAAUGUACCCCAAGGGCACCUUUAAAGGAGACGUGUAUAGCUUUGGAAUUAUCCUGCAAGAGGUGAUUCUCCGAGGACCUCCCUUCUGCAAUUCUGAAACACCUGCGGAAGAAAUUAUUUGCAAGUUGAAGAAACCUCCACCCUUGUGCCGUCCAAACGUUGCCCCGGAAAACACCCCCUUGGAAUGUAUCCAGCUCAUGAAGCAGUGCUGGAGUGAAGUACCAGACCGAAGACCGACCUUUGAUGAGAUCUUGGAGCGGUUCAAAACCAUCAACAGGGGCAAGAGGACGAAUAUCAUCGACUCCAUGCUGAAGAUGUUGGAGCAGUAUUCCAGCAACCUGGAGGAAUUAAUAAGGGAGCGGACCGAGGAGCUGGAGACAGAAAAGCAGAAGACGGAAAAGCUGCUCACCCAGAUGCUUCCUCGGUCCGUGGCGGAAGCCCUGAAAAGCGGCGCUACGGUGGAGCCGGAGUAUUUCGAAGAAGUCAGCAUCUACUUCAGUGACAUCAUCGGCUUCACCACCAUCUCUGCCCUCAGCGAGCCGAUUGAGAUCGUGGACCUGCUGAACGACCUGUACACGCUCUUCGACGCCAUCAUCGGGCACCACGAUGUUUACAAGGUGGAGACCAUUGGCGAUGCCUACAUGGUAGCCUCGGGGCUGCCCAAGCGCAACGGGCACAGACACGCCGCCGAGACUGCCAACAUGGCCCUCGACAUCCUCAGCUCCGUGGGCUCCUUCCAAGUGAGGCACCUCCCCGGCGUGCCCAUCCGGAUACGGAUUGGGCUGCACUCAGGCCCGUGUGCUGCAGGGGUGGUGGGGCUCAUCAUGCCCCGGUACUGCCUCUUUGGGGACACAGUGAAUACAGCUUCCCGGAUAGAAUCCACGGGCUUACCAUUUCGAAUUCACAUCAGCCAAAGCACAAUGAAAACACUCCGGAAUCUAAAUGAAGGGUAUAAAAUGGAUUUCAGGGGGAAGACUGAACUAAAGGGCAAAGGCUUGGAAGAUACAUACUGGCUAGUAGGAAAGAAGGGCUUCAUGAAGCCACUGCCGUGCACGCCUGAAGUGAAACCGGGGUGA